UUCUAUUGAAUGAUAUUGUAAUAUGUUAAAACGCAAUUAAAAAAAAUGGUUUCUUUUCUCCAUUUCAUUACAUUAAAGCCACCUUAUGUAUAUGCCUUUCCGUCCAAAAAGAUUAGCUAAUUAAAAUAUAUACAUUCACGCGUUCUUAUUAAAUUAGCAUAUAUUAUUAUUAAAGAAAUCAAAUAUACAAUUGAAAUAGAUCACCAUGUAUAUAUAUGAUAAGAAGUUGUGUAUAACUUGCAUAUUACUUUUCUAUCAAUUUCUUCUCCUGUUCUCCAACUAUACUUUCAGGCGAAAAGAUUUUGACCAUGGCUGAUGCUUUCACCUCUGCACUUGUUGAUCACUUUGUUUCGAGUGCCCUAGCAAAGAUUGAUAAAAAUGUGGGAUUAGUUCAGAAUGUGAAGAAAGAUGUGAAAAAGCUCAAAAAAAGUCUGAAAUACAUUCAAGAUUUAUUGGUGGAUGCUGGGACAAGACAGCUCGACUCUCAAUGGCUGAAACAGUGGCUAAGUGACCUCGAAGACAUAUCAUUCGACAUGGAUGAUGUGUUGGAUGAGUGGAACUCUGCCAUUCUCAAGUCUGAAAUCGAGAGAUUUGAUCAAGAAGGAAAGGGUACUUGUGAAGAUGGUGAUGAUAGUAGUGAUCAUGUUUGUGCAAAGAAGGUAUGUUUUCCAGUACUGCCCUCUUCUUGGUUAUGUUUCAAAAAAGUUAAUCAAGUAAUUAGGCACUGUGAUUUUGCUAAAAGAAUUAAGAAAUUGACCAAUGAGCUAGAUAUUAUUAAAAACGAUGGCCAUGAUCAUGGCAUAGUCAUUGGAGCUAUUGGAAUGUAUUCUCAACAACAAUACAAUCCUAGUUCUAUUGUCAAAUCAAGAAUCACUACUAUUUCUUUGGUUGAAGAAACUGAAAUACAUGGUAGAGAUGAUGAUAAGGAAAUUUUAGUGAGUAAGUUGUUAUGUGAUAGUCCUCAAAAGAGUAGUAAAGGGAUUGAUAUAAUCCCUAUUGUAGGAAUGGGGGGACUUGGUAAAACCACUCUUGCCCAACUAGUUUAUAAUGAUGAUAGUGUUAAGGCUCACUUUGAUAAGCGAAUUUGGGUGUGUGUCUCAGAUCCUUUUGAUCAAAAAAGAGUUGCUAAAGCAAUUGUUGAUGGGUUAGGAGGAAAUGCUCAAAAUUAUGAUGAGCUAGAGAGUUUAGUUCAAUGCAUUAGUAACUCUAUCAAAGGGAUAAAGUUCCUUCUUGUCUUAGAUGAUGUAUGGACUGAGGAGAAAUCAAAGUGGGAACAAUUAAAGCAACCACUUAUGCAGGGUGGUGUGGGUAGUAGGAUAUUAGUGACAACAAGAAAAGAUGAGGUCACUAUAAUGAUGAGGGCAAUUACUAGCAAGAUUACACUUAAAAAAUUGUCUGAUGAGCAAUGUUGGUUCAUCAUUAGACAACUAGUAUUUGUAGAGGGAGAAGAAAAUGAGAUCAAAUUAUUAGAAGAAAUUGGAAGAAAAAUUGCUAGUAAGUGUAAGGGCUUACCUCUUGUUGCAAAGGUUUUAGGAGGUCUCAUGUACUAUAGAAAGAGUUUGAGUCAGUGGAAUGAUAUCUUGCAAAACAAAUUGUGGGAUUCAAAGGUUGUCGAGGAAGAGAUAUUUGCUCCACUGUUGUUAAGUUAUUAUGACUUGUCUCCUUUGGAAAAGUGUUGUUUCUCUUACUGUUCGCUCUUUCCAAAAGACUAUAUAUUUGAAAGAGAUAUGUUGAUCGAAAUGUGGAUGUCACAAGGUUAUGUUGGUGAUUCAAGAACAGGUCAAGAGUGUUUCGAGAGCUUAGUCAUGCGAUCAUUUUUUGAUGAUUAUAUUCAAGAAUUUAAUGCAUUUGGUGUUUUUGAUCCAAGACAUUAUUACCAAAUGCAUGAUAUAGUGCAUGAUUUUACCCAAUUUUUAGCCAAAAGUAAAACUAUUGUCAUUGAAUGCGACAUUAAUACCAAAUUGAAGUCUUUGGAGCACAAAAUCUGUCAUUUGAAUUUGCUAAAUGUAAAAUCAAAUUCCUCAUACAAAGUUCUCACUUUGAAGGAAAUCAAAAGGGAAAUUCAAAGAAAAUUGCGUACACUUCUCAUUUCCACAGAGGAAAUUGAGGUAGUACUUGAUUUUGAUUUCCUUUUCUCUAAUCUAAGAGGUCUUCGAGUGCUAAGUCUACCAGCUCUUGGUGUGACCAAUCUGCCCCAACAUAUUGCCACUUUGAUACAUUUGAGAUAUCUUGAUCUUUCAAACAAUUCCAAUUUGAGAGAAUUGCCUGAAUCAUUGUGUGAUUUAUGUAACCUACAAACUUUAAAAGUUGAUAAUUGUUAUAAUCUUCAAAAGCUACCAGAAGGAAUUGGAAAGGUAGUAAAGUUGAGAUGUUUUUAUAACUACGGUUGCUCUGAGUUAAAAGGGUUACCAAAAGGGUUUGGAAAACUGAUCAGUCUUCAAAAGAUACAUAUGAUUCCCAUACCCAAAGAAAACAAAGAAGCAUAUUUCCCAUUUGGGGAUUUGAAGAAUCCAAACGUCUAUGAUCAUUUUCAAGGGUUUCUUCGUAUUAAAAGGUGUGUGAAUUUAGCCAAUGUGGGUGAAGCUGAAAAGUUAAGCCUUGGAAAGAUGAAAGAGCUUGAAGAGCUGAGUCUGAACUUUAGAGUAUUUGAUGGAAGUAGUGUUGUUGAAGAGGAAGCAAAGCCACAAAAUGAAGGUAUGAUACUUGAAGCCCUAAAACCACAUCCAAACUUGAACCUUUUAACAAUCAGUCAGUACCAUGGAGUUAAAUUCCCAAGUUGGAUUACUUCAUUGAUCAACUUGAAAUGUCUUACUCUUGUGGGGUUCGAUAAUUGUGAAACUCUACCUCCUUUAGGGAAAUUGCCAUGUUUGGAAUCACUUCAGUUAUCCAUAAUGACAAGUGUGAAAUAUGUUGGCAUUGAGUUUUGGGGAAUAACUCGUGAAGAAGAAAACUCAUUCCCGAAGUUGAAGAGCCUUUGGUUUAAUUACUUUUCCCAAUGGAAAAAAUGGGAAGGGAGUGAAGAAGCAGCAUUAGCAGCGAGAAGUUCAAAAGUUAUGCCGUGUCUACGUUCGCUACGAAUUACGUAUUGUCGUAAUUUGGAAGGACUUCCUGGGUUUCUGCGAAUGACGCCAUUGGAGGAGUUGAGAAUUGGUGACUGUGGCAUCCUAGAACAAUGUUGCUUAAAUGAAUGGCUUCACAUCCCAAAUAUUGAAAUUAACUACUGUCGUGUACAAAAGGAUGGCAUAAGGAUUUAGUGAACACUCCACCAUUAUAGAAAUUCAAAGUCACAUCCAGAGGGAAUUAUAAGGGAAGCAAUGGAGUGUCCUCAUCAUCAAAGUAUUAUUUCAUGCAUUGUUCAUUGAGCUUAAUAAAAAUGUUGAAGAAGGUAAAAUUCUUCGUGCUAGAAUUGUUCCUAACUGUAUAUGUAUACAAAUUUAGUGAAAAUGUGCUUUUUAAUUUUUUUUA